UGGUGGGAUCGAGACGGAAAAUUUUUUCACUUGUACUUUUUAAUUUCCAAAACACUCAUCGGGACAUCAUCUCUCAACUAAAAAAAGUUGUCCAGUAGUUAGCUAGUCUUCGCGUAUCAAAUUCAAGGUGCAUCAUUGACAAAUCCAGCGGAAACAGUGCACCAAUGCAGACCUUCAAAGUGCGUGUGUAUGUUAGCUGAAUAUUGGUUUCGCUUUCCAAUUUUUGUUUUUCAAGCCAAUCGUAUUGUGGUCAUCGUGUGUCCCUGAAAUUGAACGAACUGACGCGACCAUGGCGAUUGGUGUAAUGAGGAUCGCCGUGAUGUUGACGCUCUCCUGCUGGACCGUUUGGUCGAUCGAUGGAUUAACAUCCGGAUCGAGUGCCAGUGUACCUUCGGUUCUCGGCAGUGCCGUCAACAAUGGUGGAAGUAACAGUGGUAGCAGUCCAGUCUUGGCAGUUAAAAAAGACGCCCGUUGCGAAGAGAUUACCAUCCCGAUGUGCCGCGGGAUCGGAUACAAUUGGACAUCUAUGCCCAACUCUCUCCAUCAUGAGACUCAAGAAGAGGCGGGACUGGAGGUGCAUCAAUUCUGGCCUUUGGUGGAGAUCCAGUGCUCGCCCGAUAUGCGGUUCUUCCUCUGCUCCAUCUACGCGCCCAUUUGCAUCCAGGACUACCCGACGUCGAUUCCGGCUUGCAAGUCCGUCUGUCUCAGGGCAGAGGCCGGCUGUGCUCCACUGAUGCGCAAAUACGGGUUCGCCUGGCCGGAUCGGAUGCAAUGCGACAAGUUCCCCAAUUUCGGUGAUCCUCAGAACCUUUGCAUGGACGCCCGCAACGGCAGUUUACCUCCGCCAACUAUAACUCCACCGCCGUCGCAACUAUUGCCGCUUCCGCCCGAAUCCGUUGAGCCGAUGGAUAGGCCAAAACAAAGGCCGGGUUUGAUUCCAUCCAAAAUCAACUGCAAAGGCCCCAACAAACGUCUCUGCUCCCCCGAUGAAUUGAUGAUGAGCACGGGGUCAUCUUGCGAAUGUCAAUGUCGUCCUCCGCUCAUCCGGCUCAGCCCCAACGACGGCCGUUACAAUCGUUCAUCCAGUCUCAGUGUUGGCGGCAUUCCCAACUGCCUUUUGCCGUGUUCCAGCCCGUUCUUCUCCGAAGACGAACAGUGGUUCGCCUCGUUGUGGAUCGCCCUCUGGGCCGCCAUUGCCGCCCUAUCGUCUGCCCUCACCUUUGCCACUUUUCUCAUCGAUCGGCCUCGGUUCAGGUAUCCAGAGAGACCGCUGAUCUUCCUGUCGGCAUGUUACGUCGGUCUCAGUUUGGGCUAUCUGGUGCGAAUCGUCGUCGGUGGCCGGGAUGUGGUAGCAUGUGAAGGAAACGCCAUCCGUUACGGCGCCGCUCCGUCGCUCAUCACAACCGGAGCCGGAGCCAGUUUUAUCGGCGUCAGCAGUUCGACUUCCAGUCCGACCUGUGUCGUCACUUUCCUUCUCGUCUAUUUCUUCGGCCAAGCAGCUGGAUUAUGGUGGGUCAUUUUGUCGUUGACCUGGUUCUUGGCCGCCGGACGCAAAUGGGGUAGCGAAGCCAUCGCACGAUGCUCACCUUAUUUCCAUUUGGUGGCGUGGACUAUUCCGGCCGUUCAAACGGCCGCUGCUUUGCUAAUGGCAGCAGUGGAUGGCGAUUCAUUAGCCGGCGUAUGCCACGUCGGUGUCCAGCAAACGGCCUUGCUUCGUUGGUUGGUUCUGUUCCCAUUAGGCCUCCACUUACUAUUGGGCGGAGGAUUCCUGCUGGCCGGACUCGCCGGUUUGGCACGUAUCCGACGUGUUCUGAAGGAGCAAGGCCGGCCUAAAGCCGAGAAGCUUGAAAAAUUGAUGAUUCGCAUCGGUAUCUUCAGCGUGCUUUAUUCUGUUCCGGCCGCAAUCCUUCUGGGCUGUUACGCAUACGAAGUAGCCUUUCACGUUGAAUGGGGAAAGACGCUCACCUGUUCCAGUUGUCCGUCAUCAGUGGAUGCAACACCAUUACCAUCCUAUCAAUCACGGCCAGACUUUUCCAUCUUUAUGCUCAAAUAUUUCAUGACGUUGGUCGUCGGCAUCACAUCCGGUUUUUGGAUCUGGUCGCAUAAAACUUUGGAUUCUUGGCGGAAGUUCUACCGUCGUCUGUGUCACACUCGGCCCAAGACGGCCAUCCAGCAUCCUCAACAACAACAGCCGCAACAGCUGCACCAUCAUCAUCAACAACAGCAGCAACAACAGUUCCAACAGCAACAGCAGCAACUGAUGGCCCCGACUGUGCCGCCUCUACCCGGCCAGCAUCACCACCAAUACCCGAUGAGUAACAAAUCGUCCAGUUUGAUCAAACAGCCGUUGAUGCAGAGCGUCCAAAGUCAUCUCGGCAGUACGUAUAAAGCGCCUCCGUUGAGUCACGUCUGAGACUUUCCUCCCCUUUUUCCUCAUCCGUCGGUUGAGCCUCCGCAGCCUCCGCCCUGGAUACCCCCCUCCAUUCCAAUCUGACUUGAAUUCAACAUUAUCUCAUCAAGUUUUACGUCGCUAGGGGAACAACUUUUUCCUCCCUCCUUCUUACCAUUCUCUUUUCUCUCCCCCCCACUACUUUUGCUCCUGUUCACAUUGAACCAACAGAGAAGGGUCGCGUAUUGAUCGUGCGGAUUCCCCUCGGUUCCACCAUCCUCCCAACUGGGCUCUCCAUCGCAGCCAAGGGACGUCGAAGAACGUAAAGCUGAAGCUUAAAAAAGCCUAGAACCACACAACCAAAACUCUUGAUCGUUAAGGAGGGACAAAACUCUUUUGUUUCUUGCCUUUUUUUUAAUCAUGGAGUUCCCAUGGACAAUUUUUUAAUUCUUCCAAGUCUAUUCAAAGAAAAAAAAAGUCAUUAACGAUGGAUUAACUCAAGGAAGGAAGAAAAAGACAAAUCUCUCAACCUUUUUUUCGAUGGUAUUACCUGUAAGGAGAAAAAAGGUGAAGAUGAUCCCGGUCAUCAACUCCCAAUAGAACGCGUAGGGGGGGGGGGGGAGUCCAUCAUCGUCGUCGACACAAAUUUACUAUUUUUUACGACAACGUCGAAAAAUAUUUUUGGAAAGUUUUUCCCCCAUUUUUUCUUUUCUUUGUGGGGUGCACGAAGAGAGAAAUUGGAGACACGUUUUGUCUGUUUGUGUGUGUGAGGAUGUGCAGGCCCCCCGUUUAUGUCAACACUUUUGACGCCCCAAACUCUUCAAACUCUUCCUUCUGCACACACACAACAUACACUUACGAUAUACUACCUUAUGUACAUAUAUAUACAUAGUAAACUGCUAUAUAAUAUAAAUAUUUUUUAAUUUUAUUGUGUUAUACUGUGUACUAUUACCUUGUGACUCCCUUUUCUUUCUUUUGUAUUUUUUGGUUUCGCCUCUCGCAGUUCUAGUCACGCAAUUCCCCUCAUCCCUUUUGGACCAGGUAGAAAAUGUUUUGAUUUUCAUGUCCCGUAUGUGCCAUGAUUGUUGAUAUUUAUAUACUAUUUACAAAUAGGCUUCAAAUUAAUUAUGCAAAAACACAAUUUCUUCUCACGAUCGAAUCAGAUGAUUUUCUAGGAAAAACCAAAAGAAAAAUUAAAUCCAAACAAUAAAAAAAGGUAUACGAAUCUAAGCCACGUCAUCUUUAUUGUAAUAAAUGUUCAUGUUCAUGUGUGUAAUGUGUCUGCGUUCAUCAACACAUCGGAUGCUGUUCGGCCAUCUUUUUUGUUUAUUUUGUACGUAUAUGUGUUUGUAUAAUGGAGCGAGCUACCUGUUUUUGUCAAAACCGUCGUACGAUUGCGAUAAUAAACAAAAACCCCCAUC